AUGACAGGGAUUAAUAAUGGGGUCCAUAAAGUGCUGAAGGAGGAAUAUGGCUUCAAAGAUCUGAUUCUUAUUCGUUGUGUGUGUUGCUCUCUGCAGCUUGCUUUAAGUCAUGCUUCCAAUGACACCAUCCCCUGUAGUGUGGAGUACUUGGGAACAAACAACUGCCCUGCUAAGAAAGGACUGGUUAAAGUGCUGGAGGUUCCUAACACUGAAACUCCAGCAAGGAACAAGAGAAAAGGGGCUGUGGAGCAGCCCAAGAGAAAGACUCAUAGACAGAGAAAAGCCUCCAAGCCUGACAUCUUUGCCGCUCAUUUACAUGGAGAAAAACUAGGCGAAGGAGGUUUCGGAUCUGUCUUCAAAGGACAACGCAUGUCUGAUGGCCUACAGGCAGCCAUCAAAUUUGUGCAAAAGCUGGACGAUGACCGAUAUGUACAAAGUUUUGAUGAGUUAAAGGCUGUGCCUGUGGAGGAGGCUCUGCUGCAGAUCAAGAGCCAGUCACCCAUCUGCAAAACCAUCAUAAAGCUCAUGGAGUGGUCCGAUGAGCCUGACCACUACAUGUUGAUCCUGGAGCGACCCUUGGACAGUUUCCUUCAGGACUAUGAGGAUUAUGUCACUGAAGACAUUAGGGUGAGAUAUAAUGUGGCAGUCUGUGGUAGCAGUGUUCCAGUGCAGCAAGCGAGGUGUCCUGCUUGGGACAUCUCGUUGAUCAACAAGGACACCUUAGAGGUCAAGCUAAUUGACUGUGGCUGCAGUGAUUUGAUCAAGAAAUAUGGUUACAACAUUUUUGAAGGCACAGAUGAAUACUGCCCUCCUGAGUUUCUUCUGGAAGGGAGGUAUCGUGUUGGUCCAGCAACAGUUUGGUCUCUUGGUGUCCUAAUGUUUAUGAUGGUUUGUGGGUACCUUCCCUUUGCCAGUGAUGAUGAUACCAUUGAUGGAGCUCUGCACUUCAAGGAUGGUCUCUCUGAUGGUUAUGACAUUUUUAGAAGAGGGCAGUUAAGGGCACUUCAGUCCAUCACAUCCUUCAGAACAGAGGAGACUAACACAUUGUAG